AUGCAGUUUGCUAUAUGGCUGGUUGGACUAAUGUGUCAGCUGUCAGCGCUGGUCGUGGGCACCCUGCAGCACAGAUUGCAUCCAAAACAAGAAGGCUUCAUCAAACAGCUGUCAGUGUAUGAGAUUGUCACCCCAAUGCGCGUAAACGACUUCGGAGAAUUAUUCCCCCACACGCUGCACUACAGGAGGAGGACGCGGAGAAGUUUGCACAGUGACCUGUCCAGCGCCCGGGUUCAUUACAGGAUUGAUGCUUUCGGGGAGCGCUUUCAUCUAAACCUGAGCGCGGACUCGAACUUCAUCGCGCCCUCUUACACAGUCACGCACUUGGGAUUGGAGCAGAGGAACUCCACGGACCCGCAUCCCACUUCUGACCGCGGCGAUAUGCGCCACUGUUUUUUCCGCGGACACGUCAACACCACGAGCCAAUACCCUGCAGUCUUCAGCCUAUGCACUGGACUGAUCGGGACUUUUACUACACAACACGGAGAGUACUUCUUGGAGCCCCUUAUGCAGCCUGAAGGGGAAGAACUCAACGAAGAACACAACAAACCUCAUCUUGUCUAUAGACGUGAGAGACAGAGAAAUGACUUCGGGUCUGACCUCAAGAUGGAGCCCUGUGGAGCCUCAGCGGACACAAGAAAUCCAGGCAACAUGGCUGAAGACCAGGACUACUUUAAAGACUCGAUCAAUGUUUCUGAAACUAACAACAUCACGACGGAGAAUCCCAAAGCGAAAAUCAGACGGAAGAGGUUCCUGUCUUACCCUCGAUAUGUAGAGCUGAUGGUGACGGCUGACGCUAAAAUGGUAGCAGCAGUGUACCGGGACCCCAGUGUUGGAAACCUUAUUAACGUCAUGAUUGUCAGGCUGAUCAUGGUCCAUAAUGAGCAGGAGGGCCCCACGGUGAGCUUUAACGCUGCCACGACUCUCCACAACUUCUGUGUUUGGCAGCAAGGUCAAAACCUGCCCGAAGACAGCCACCCUCUGCAUCACGACACUGCGCUCCUCAUUACCAGAGAAGAUAUCUGCCGUGCAAAAGAUAAAUGUGACACUUUAGGACUGGCCGAGCUGGGGACCAUGUGCGACCCGUAUCGGAGCUGCUCCAUCAGCGAGGAGAACGGCAUCAGCGCCUCCUUCACCAUCGCCCACGAGCUGGGUCACGUAUUCAACAUGCCACACGAUGAUAACCCAAAGUGCAAAGAAUCAGGCCUCAAACAUCAGUAUCAUGUCAUGGCGCCCACGCUCAACUACGACACAAGUCCCUGGUCUUGGUCCAAAUGUAGCCGCAAGUACAUCACUGAGUUUUUAGACACUGGUUACGGAGAAUGCUUAUUGGAUGAGCCUGCGGGAAGGAUUUACGAGUUGCCCACUCUACUUCCUGGACAGAUCUAUAACGCCAAUAGACAGUGUGAGCUGAUGUUCGGACCUGGAUCCCAAAUUUGUCCGUAUAUGAAACAGUGCAAGCGAUUGUGGUGUACGAGUGCAGAGGGGGACCAUAAAGGAUGUCGCACACAGCACAUGCCAUGGGCAGAUGGGACCACAUGUGGGAAUGGGAUGUACUGUCACCACGGCAUGUGUAUCAACAAGGAGUUGGACCUGCUCCCUGUCCACGGGGAGUGGGGUCCCUGGGGGCCAUACAGUGUCUGCUCAAGGUCCUGUGGAGGUGGGACACGAAGUACCAUGAGAGAAUGCAACAAGCCUGAGCCAAGAAACGGUGGUAAAUUCUGUGUGGGGCGCAGGAUGAAAUUCCGCUCCUGCAACACUGAGCCGUGUCCACGAGGACGAAAAGACUUCCGCGAAGAGCAGUGUUCUCACUUUGACGGCAAGCACUUCAAUAUCAACGGUCUACCUCCUACUGUGCGCUGGGUGCCCAAGUACAGUGGCAUUUUAAUGAAGGAUCGGUGUAAGCUGUUCUGCCGUGUUGCUGGGACAAUGGCGUAUUACCAACUGAAAGACAGAGUUAUCGAUGGCACCCCUUGUGGACCAGAGACGUAUGACAUCUGUGUUCAAGGCCUCUGCAGGCAAGCGGGCUGUGAUCAUGUGCUCAACUCCAAAGCCAGAAAUGAUAAGUGUGGGGUCUGUGGAGGAGACAACUCGUCCUGUAAAACCAUGGCUGGGACUUUCAACGAUGCCCAGUAUGGUUACAACUCAGUGGUGCGGAUCCCAGCUGGUGCCACCGACAUUGAUAUCAAACAAGUCAGCUACUCCGGAAAACCUGAGGAUGACAACUACCUCGCUUUAUCUGACAGCAAAUCCAACUUUCUUCUGAACGGAAACUUUGUUGUGGCCAUGUUCAAAAGGGAAAUCACCUUCAAGGGAACUGUUAUUGAAUACAGCGGAUCAGACACCAAAGUCGAACGUAUCAACUGCACAGACCGCAUAGAAGAGGAGCUCAUCUUGCAGGUUCUGUGUGUGGGUAACCUUUACAACCCGGACGUGCGCUACUCCUUCAAUAUUCCCAUAGAGCAGCACAUGGAGCAGUUCUUAUGGGAUCCUUCAGGCUCCUGGCUUGAGUGCAACCGCGUCUGCCAAGGUGAGAGGAGACGAAAGGCUGUGUGUGUGAGAAAGAGUGAUCACCUGGAGGUAUCGGACCAGCGGUGUGAGCUUUUACCACGACCGGUGGCUGUUACUGAGCCCUGCCACACUGACUGUGAACUCAGGUGGCAUGUAGCUGGCAAAAGUGAAUGCUCGGCUAAAUGUGGCUCAGGCUACCGCACGCUGGAUGUGCAGUGCGUGAAGUACAGCUUGAUGAAGAGACAGACUCAGAGAGCGGAGGCCAGUGCGUGUGCAGAAGUGUCCAAACCUCAGACCAGAGAGUCGUGCCACGGUGACUGCCUCCUCAAGAGAUGGCAGUACAGUGCCUGGUCACAGUGUUUGGUGACUUGUGGCAAAGGCACCAGACACCGCCAAGUCUCCUGCAUGUUGCCGACAGGAGGAGAAAAGCUAAGUGACCACCUCUGUGACCAGUCCAGCAAGCCUCCAUCUGUGGGGACCUGUGAGCUGCCGGAGUGUGCGUCUUGGCAGGUCGGCGUCUGGGGAGCGUGUGCAGUGACUUGUGGUCACGGGUAUCAGAUGAGAGCCGUCCGAUGUGUGUCUGGAAACUAUGGCGACACAGUGGAUGACCGGGAGUGCAAUGCGGCGGCCAGACCCAGAGACAGUCAGGAUUGCGAGAUGCCAGCGUGUCCAUGGGUCCCCGCACUUCAGAGCACCCCACGUCCAGAGAACUCGGUCACUCUGUCGACCCAGUGGAGAUAUGGCUCCUGGACAGCUUGCUCCGUCUCGUGUGGCAAAGGCAAGCGCGCCCGCUACGUCAGUUGCCGUGACGCUCAGGGAGGUGUGGCCGACGAAUCGAACUGUGCUCACCUGCCCCGCCCCCCGGAGAGCUCCUCGUGCUUUAGCCCCUGUGGUCAGUGGCGUGCUGGGGAGUGGUCCACUUGCUCGGUGACCUGUGGCACUGGUCAAACCAGCAGACAGGUGCUGUGCUCAAACUACCAUCGUCCAGUGGAGGAGUCUUUCUGUGAUCCGGAGGAAAAGCCCACCUCAGAACAGGACUGUACUUCUGCUCCCUGUCCCACGGUUUACCAGCGCCAGCGCAUCGACCAGCCCUACGGAUACCCCCUGGACCCAGCAGGGCGCCACCCUGGUCACAACAGCUGGAACGUGCCCUCAGCAGACAACCAAUGGAGGACAGGACCGUGGGGGGCAUGCUCAAGUACAUGUGAAGGAGGCUUUCAAAGGCGAGUGGUGGUGUGUCAGGAUGCAGAUGGAAGAAGCAACAGCUACUGUGAUGAAAGGGUUAAACCUGCAGAGUCCAAAAGCUGUGACUCUGGGCCCUGCCCGCUGUGGAACUAUGGCAGCUGGGGAGAGUGCACUCAAACUUGUGGAGGUGGGAGGAAAACGCGCCUGGUGGUGUGCCAAAGGCCCAAUGGUCAAAGGCUGAAUGAAUACAACUGUGAUGUGCUGGACAAGCCCCCAGAUAUGGAGGCGUGCAACUUGCAGCCCUGCCCAGGCUCCGCCUCCUGGCACCGCAGACCAUGGAAGCCGGUACGAUAG